CUGACCCCGGCCCCGACCCCCGGGCGGCCCGGGCGGGCGAGCGCGGCCGGAGGAUGUCGGCGGGCGGCCGCGACGAGGAGCGGCGGAAGCUAGCCGACAUCAUCCAGCACUGGAACGCCAACCGGCUGGACCUGUUCGAGAUCAGCCAGCCCACCGAGGAUUUGGAGUUCCAUGGAGUGAUGAGGUUUUAUUUUCAAGAUAAAGCUGCUGGGAACUUUGCAACAAAGUGCAUCCGGGUCUCCAGUACCGCCACCACUCAAGAUGUGAUCGAGACGCUCGCGGAGAAGUUCCGACCCGAUAUGCGGAUGCUGUCGUCUCCCAAGUACUCCCUCUACGAAGUGCACGUCAGCGGAGAAGAAAGAAGAUUAGAUAUAGAUGAGAAACCCCUAGUCGUGCAGCUGAAUUGGAAUAAGGAUGAUCGCGAGGGCAGAUUCGUUCUGAAGAAUGAGAAUGACGCUGCGCCCCCCAAGAAGGCUCAGAGUAACGGACCUGAGAAGCAAGAAAAAGAAGGGGUUAUCCAGAACUUCAAGAGAACUCUCUCAAAGAAAGAAAAGAAGGAAAAAAAGAAGAGAGAAAAGGAGGCAAUGAGGCAGGCGUCUGAUAAAGACGAUAGACCUUUCCAUGGGGAUGACAUUGAGAAUUCUCGACUGGCUGCUGAAGUUUACAAAGAUAUGCCUGAAACUAGCUUUACCCGAACAAUUUCUAAUCCUGAGGUGGUUAUGAAACGGAGGCGGCAGCAAAAGCUGGAAAAGAGAAUGCAAGAAUUUCGGAGCUCAGAUGGGCGGCCUGAUUCAGGAGGAACGCUGAGGAUUUACGCAGAUAGUUUAAAGCCAAAUAUUCCCUACAAGACGAUCCUGCUGUCCACUACUGACGCUGCGGACUUCGCUGUGGCGGAAGCCUUGGAGAAGUACGGUCUGGAGAGGGAGAGCCCCCAGGACUACUGCAUCGCCCGGGUCACGCUUCCUCCUGGAGCCCAGCAUUCUGAUGAGAAGGGUGCUAAAGAGACCAUCCUUGACGACGACGAGUGUCCUUUGCAGAUCUUCAGAGACUGGCCGAGUGACAAAGGGCUUCUGGUCUUCCAGUUGAAGCGGCGGCCUCCAGACUACGUCCCAAAGAAAAGCAAGAAGCACGUGGACGGGAAGCCGGCCAGGGGGAAGGAGCGAGCCGACGGGUCUGGGCACGGCUCUGCGCUGCCUCCCGAGAAGCUGCCCUACCUGGUGGAGCUGAGCCCAGCCCCAGGGAGAAGGAGCCACUUUGCCUACUACAGCUAUCACGCGCACGAAGACGGUUCCGACUCCAGAGAUAAGCCAAAGCUCUACCGCCUUCAGCUGAGUGUCACCGAGGUGGGGACAGAGAAGCUGGAAGACAGCUGCAUCCAGUUGUUUGGUUCAGGAAUUCAGCCUCAUCACUGUGACCUCACGAACAUGGAUGGAGUUGUCACCGUCACGCCCAGAAGCAUGGAUGCCGAGACCUAUGUGGAGGGGCAGCGCAUCUCGGAGACGACCGUGCUGCAGAGCGGGAUGAAGGUGCAGUUUGGGACAUCACACGUCUUCAAGUUCGUGGACCCCAGCCAGGACCACGCGCUUGCGAAGAGGUCUGUGGACGGAGGCCUGGCGGUGAAGGGCCCCAGACACAAGCCUGGAGUUAUUCAGGAGACCACCUUUGACGUAGGAGGAGACGCUCACAGUGGAGCGGCACUGCCGACAAGCAAGAGCACCGCCAGGCUGGACAGCGACAGGGUGCCGUCUGCCACCAGCACCGCUGAGCGAGGGAUGGUGAAGCCGAUGGUCCGAGUGGAGCAGCAGCAGGACUACCGCCGGCAGGACAGCAGAACUCAGGAUGCUGCUGGGCCUGAGCUGACCCUGCCUGCAAGCAUUGAAUUCAGGGAAAGCUCUGAGGAUUCAUUUUUAUCCGCCAUCAUAAGUUACACAAACAGCUCAACGGUGCACUUUAAGUUGUCGCCCACGUAUGUGCUGUACAUGGCGUGUCGGCACGUGCUGUCCAGCCCGUACAGACCUGAUGUCAGCCCCGCAGAGCGCACGCACAAGGUGAUCGCCAUCGUCAACAAGAUGGUGAGCAUGAUGGAAGGAGUGAUCCAGGAAGUAGACCAGGUGGAUCAGAAACAGAAGAAUAUUGCAGGGGCACUUGCCUUCUGGAUGGCCAACGCGUCUGAGCUGCUCAACUUCAUUAAGCAGGACCGAGAUCUUAGUCGGGUCACGUUGGAUGCCCAGGAUGUUCUAGCGCACUUGGUUCAGAUGGCGUUUAAGUACCUGGUUCACUGCCUUCAGUCGGAGCUGAACAAUUACAUGCCAGCCUUUCUGGAUGACCCCGAGGAGAGCGGCCUGCAGAGACCGAAGAUAGAUGACGUCCUCCACACGCUCACGGGAGCCAUGUCCCUGCUGCGGCGCUGCAGGGUCAACGCCGCGCUGACCAUCCAGCUCUUCUCGCAGCUCUUCCACUUCAUCAACAUGUGGCUGUUCAACAGACUGGUGACGGACCCCGAGUCGGGGCUGUGCUCCCACUACUGGGGCGCCAUUAUCCGCCAGCAGCUGGGGCAUGUGGAGGCCUGGGCGGAGAAGCAGGGCCUGGAGCUGGCGGCCGACUGCCACCUCAGCAGGAUCGUGCAGGCCACCACCUUGCUCACGAUGGACAAGUACGCAGCUGACGACAUUCCCAGCAUCAACAGCACCUGCUUCAAGCUGAACUCCCUGCAGCUCCAGGCCUUGCUGCAGAACUACCACUGCGCGCCCGACGAGCCCUUCGUCCCCACGGACCUGGUGGACAGCGUGGUGGCCGUUGCCGAGAACACGGCCGACGAGCUGGCGCGCAGCGACGGGCGGGAGGUGCGGCUGCAGGAGGACCCUGACCUGCAGCUUCCCUUCCUCUUGCCGGAGGACGGCUACUCGUGCGAUGUCGUCAGAAACGUCCCAAGUGGUUUACAAGAAUUUUUGGACCCUUUGUGCCAGAGAGGGUUUUGCAGGUUGAUUCCUCACCCGCGUUCCCCAGGUACUUGGACCGUGCACUUUGAAGGAGUGGAUCACGAGAGCCACCUGGUGCGCGAGAACGCGGAGCUGGCUCAGCCUCUGAGGAAAGAACCUGAAAUAAUCACUGUGACCCUAAAAAAGCAAAAUGGAAUGGGCCUUAGCAUUGUUGCUGCAAAGGGAGCUGGGCAAGACAAGCUUGGGAUCUACGUCAAGUCCGUUGUGAAAGGAGGCGCUGCAGACGUGGACGGGCGGCUGGCUGCCGGCGACCAGCUCCUCAGUGUGGAUGGACGGAGUCUGGUAGGACUCUCUCAAGAAAGGGCAGCAGAACUGAUGACAAGGACAAGUUCCGUGGUGACGCUGGAAGUGGCAAAGCAAGGAGCCAUUUAUCACGGCCUGGCCACCCUGCUGAACCAGCCGUCGCCCAUGAUGCAGAGAAUUUCAGAUCGGCGUGGAUCAGGUAAACCCCGACCAAAGAGUGAAGGCUUUGAGCUCUAUAGUAAUUCAGCUCAAAACGGGUCACCUGAGAGCCCUCAGCUGCCUUGGGCGGAAUACAGCGAACCAAAGAAGCUGCCCGGCGAUGACAGGCUGAUGAAGAACAGAGCUGACCACCGCUCCAGCCCCAACGUCGCAAAUCAGCCUCCCAGUCCUGGCGGGAAAAGUGCAUAUGCGCCUGGAACAGCAGCCAAGAUAACAUCCGUCUCCACUGGGAACCUCUGUGCUGAGGAGGAGCCCCCUGCGCCCCGGCCGGAGGCCUACCCCGUCCCCACGCAGACGUCCACCAGGGAGUACUUCACCUUCCCCGCCUCCAGGUCCCAGGACCGCGCGGCUCCUCCUCAGAACCAGUGGCCAAGUUACGAGGAAAAGCCGCACAUGCGCACAGACAGUGAUCACUCCAGCCUCGCCAUCCAGCGUGUGGCCCGCUCCCAGGAAGAGCUUCGGGAGGACUCAACUUACCACCUGGAGCCGCACAGGAUGGAGGCCCUCGCAGACCGCAAGUCUGACAGCGACCUGUGGGUGAACCCCAGCUCCUCGCUGGGCUCCAGUGCAUCCAGCCAGGAGCACCUGGACCCCUCCUCCAAGUCGGGCACGCCCGCCUCCACCCUCACAAAGAGUGGUCCCGGGCGCUGGAAGACCCCGGCGGCCGCGCAGCCCCCGCCCAUGCGGACAGACCUGCCCCCGCCGCCCCCGCCGCCCCCCGCGCACUUCCCCGCCGAGUUGGACGGGGUCCCCCUGGACCUGCCACUGCCGCCCCCGCCUGCCAGCCAGGUCGCACCGCCUUCCGCCCAGGCGGCCGCGGAGCGCAAGAAGCGGGAGGAGCACCAGCGCUGGUACGAGAAGGAGAAGGCGCGCCUGGAAGAGGAGCGGGAGCGCAAGCGGCGCGAGCAGGAGCGGAGACUGGGCCAGAUGCGCGCCCAGGCGCUGAACCCCGCGCCGCUGUCCCCCACGGCCGCGCCGCCCACCCGGCCCGAGAGGCCCGCCGCCCUCCCGCGGCCCCCGGAGACGGUCAUCCGCGAGCUGCAGCCGCAGCAGCAGCCGCGCACCAUCGAGCGCAGGGACCUGCAGUACAUCACCAUCAGCAAGGAGGAGCUGUCAGCGGGGGACAGCCUGUCCCCUGACCCCUGGAAGCGGGACGCCCGGGAGAAGCUGGAGAAGCAGCAGCAGAUGCACAUCGUGGACAUGCUGAGCCAGGAGAUCCGGGAGCUGCAGGCCAAGCCUGAGCGCUCGGCCGAGGAGAGCGACCGGCUGCGCAAGCUCAUGCUGGAGUGGCAGUUUCAGAAGCGGCUGCAGGAGUCCAAGCAGAAGGACGAGGACGACGAGGAGGAGGAGGACGACGACGUGGACACGCUGCUGCUCAUGCAGCGCCUGGAGGCCGAGCGGAGAGCCAGGCAGACUGCUCUGCCAGCAAUCUCUGUUCUAGAUUUGUUGCAGGACGAGGAGCGGCGGCGGCAGCAGCAGCUGGAGGAGAUGCGGCAGCGGGAGGCGGAGGAGCGGGCCCGGCACGAGGAGGAGCGGCGGCGCCAGGACGAGGAGCGGCUGAGGCGCGACGCCGAGGAAAAGAGGCGACAGGAAGAAGGGUAUUACAGCCGCCUGGAGGCCGAGAGGCGCAGACAGCACGACGAGGCGGAGCGCCGGCUGCUGGAGCCCGAGGAGCCGGGCCUGGGCCGGCCCCCGCUCCCGCAGGGCUACGAGCCGCUCCCGCAGGCGCCCCCGGGGCCCGCGCCUCCGCCCCCGCCCCAGCGCACCGCCUCUUACCUGCAGGCGCAGGUCCUCUCCCCCGACUCCCUGUACACCGCCAAGCUCGUGGCUUACAACGAGGAGGAGGAGGAGGACGGCCUAGCAGGUCAGGACAAGCACUCCAGCACCAGGCAGUCUCUCGGGGACCUGACCCCCGCCGCCCUGCGGCCACAGCCGCGCCCGGCCUCCGACGGCAUCUUCCUCUCCAACUCAUUCCGGCCACCCCCGGCCAGCGCCAACAGUACUGCGCACAGAGCAGGCCCGCCCCCGCCCCCUCCAAAAAAACCGAGCUUCCACCGUCCCUCCAGAGGUAGAGGACCAGACUCUUACAUGGGAUCUUCGGGAACAGCGAUCGGGGCCCAUGACGUCUGUCGGGAGCCGAGGGAGAAACUGUCUAAAAGCCAAGACACAGACUUGCCUGGGGGUCCUGGAGCCCCUGAAAACCUGACCUUCAGAGAGCGCCAGCGCCUGUUUUCUCAAGGUCAGGACGUCUCCAAUCGAGUCAAGGCCUCUCGCAAGUUAACAGAACUGGAGAACGAGCUGAGCACAAAGUGAAGAGGGGAGACCCGCGUCCGCCUGCCCUCGGGGGGGCCCCAGGGGAGGGGCGCGCUUCCAGCCUCCGAUAGCUCCUGCACGCCUUCCAGUUCCAAGAUGUUCUGUUGUAUUUUACCAGGAGACUGUCAUUUCUACAAUUUAGACACUGUCUGCUUUCUUAAUUAUCGGACUCUCGUGAAGAUAGCUUUCUUGUUAGUUUCUUUUUUUGAGUCUGGGUUUGAAAGGGGACAGAAAGAAGGGCGGUGUGAUGAGGUGUUCCUUCUCCCGGUCUCCCACAGAGAGCACAGAAAAGUUCUCCUUCUGUUCUUUUUCAAAAGCGUUAUUUUAGCUGUCAAACGGAGGCCAGCCUGGGCUCCCCAGACUGUGGCUGGCACUGCUCGGUAGCGACCGCAGACUGUCCUGCAGGAGAGGCUUUAUCUCCAGGGGGACCAUGUGAGGACGUGCAGCUUCUGUGGAGUGGUCUGGAGCUGGCGUGUGGUGGCCCUCCCGGCUCAUCUGCACAGUCGGGAAGCAGCUUAGACCGAAGCUUCCCGAAAGUAAGAAGUUCCAUCCCGUUCCUUACAGGUACAGCCCUCUGGAUCAACUCUUAAGUAUUUGAUUUAAAAAUUUUUCUCCAGGAAGAAGAUUUUCAAGAUUUAAGCUUAGAAAAUUUUAUUUUUAUAAAUACUGGAUAUUAUUAUUAUGCCAAUAAACCGUUGGUGAUUUUGAAGAUGACAGUUAAGUUAGAAAGUUAAUUAGAUAUUUCAGCUAUUCCAGGGGAUCUAUGAAAGAGGAUACCGUUAGCUGAACAGCGCCGGUGUGAACAGGAACAAAAAGGCCUGAGAGGUUAGUGGGCGGCGCUUGAGCACAGCUGUCGCUCAGCAGCGUAGAAUUUGAGGGAGAUCUCCAUCGUCUGCCAUCGGGGACGGGAGGGGCCCCGCCGCACUGGGGUCUGUAACUGAAACACUGUAAGAGGCGCUCGUCUGCAGUCCAGGCCGUUUUUCACUUUCUAGUAGAGUUAUUUAAUUUCCAUGUGUUGAAUGAUUAGUUACCGCUGUCACUGCUUCAGCUGUGAGUACGUGGCUGGUGUCGGGGAGACGGACCUCACUUUAUUAUGUAUCAUGUGAUGUUAAAAUGCUAACUGCCUUUGUGAUUAUGAGCAGGUUUUCUAUGUGACAAGCCCUGCUGUGGGUCCAGGUGACUUUUCUGCACCGUGUUCUUCUCUCUCAAGCGUGCGUGUGAGGGGAAUGUGUGCACUUCAGGCAGAAGAGGGAGAGGCUCUCUGGCCUCGGGCGCCACUGUAAUGAGAGGCGUGUGAUAGCUCACUAAAAUGCGGGCGCACACGCUUCCCGUCUGCCAGGUGCUUCUUCGGGAGCAUGCUUCCACCACUCCCCUUGAUGAGGGAGAGGUGGAGCGGGUCUGGCGUUUACGAAGGGCCCACGCGCUUACCCCCCGCGCUGGCGCAGCGGCCCCGAGCGCCGGCGCACCGAGCCCACGCUCCCCUGCAGGGAGUGGUGCAGGGGAGCCACUGUCCUGCUGACGCGUGGAGAACGACAAGCACACGGGACGUGCAGACACGUGUAAAUGUUUACACGCAGGGAUACUCGUGUGUGUGGCUGUGAGCCCGUAAACGUGUGGGCUUGGCCUCGCACGGUUAGAGCAAAUGUGAAUACGUGUAAAAGUGCUUCUCAUGACCGUGUUGUAUGGAGAAAACACCAAAACUGCUGUAGUUUGCCAUUUCUACUGUAUUUCAUUUGCAGCCUAUUUUUAAUAAACUUUGUAUGUAUUUAAGCAUA